CUUGAGAAUCAAAUAGCGACAAUCAUAACCUACAGCUAAAAAUAUAUAUAUAUGUAUUUUCACCGUCAUUUAAUUCAAAGUCAACCCAGAAAUUUUUAUUAUUAUUUUUAAUGGAUCGGCUUUAAUCCUUAAUCUUGCAAAGAAUGGAGAGCUAGGAAUCAAGGUAAUUACUUUAAAAAAAAAAAAAAGAAGAGAUAAACUAGAGGGGGGAAAACAUGAUGCUUUUACUUUUUCAAAUAAUAAUUGGCAAAGAGAUCGCAGUUGCAGCUAAAUUUGUAUCAGAAUUAUGCGUUUAAUUUUCUUCAAUUUCAUGCACUGGUUAUGCACAUGUUUAUUGCAGGCAUGAGUAAUUAACAACAGAAGAUUGAGAUUAAGGGAUUGAUCACUGAUUACUAGUUACAGUUAAAAGGAGGCAACAACAGAGCUUGGGGAUUUUUUGGGUGAAAAACUAAAGAAAAUUGAUGGCUAGUAUUCAGGCUGCUGUUUGUAGAAGUCAGAGAAGAGGUAUGAUCCAAGCUUUAUCAUCAACAAGGAAUAAAGUAGCAUCGAAAAGAGAUGCAAAAUCCUAAUCUCUUUGUUACAGGCUUUUCUGUGAAAAAGCCUGCACGGAUAGUUACGUGGGCAAACUUUCUUCUCUACAGUAGGCAAAUUCCACUCUUCAUGAGAUUGUUAUUUCACUGCCAAAUUUCAGGUUGAAGUUAGGAAAAUCAAUAAGUUUUUUCGUGUUUAGUAAUCCUCAUUGGGAUGAUCCUCCUGCUUUUUUCAAGUAUUCGGGAAUUAGCCGUCAAAUCAUUCUCAUUCAUUUAAUUUUUCAAUGGGUUGGAAAUUCAGCAAGGCCUUUCAAAAUCGUUAAGCAAGCACCACUCCAAAACGUAUAUUAAAUUAGUGUUUACCUUGUGAGAUACCAGUUAGAAAGCUAAAAUUUCCUUUCCCUUUUUCAGAUAAAUGAGGAAAAACAAAAAGAAGAAUUAAAAAGACCAUCUAUGAAAGCCAAACAAGCAAGUCAAGGUACUGACGUUUGAUGAUGGUGAAUUCUAGCAGGAGAAAUAACGGUCAGCAAUGGAACUCUGAUGUUUGGAGCACUUGAUGUUGAUGUAUAUACAAGUAUAUGGAUAAGAGAAAGUUAUGGGCACCAACCGUUUGAAUAAAUUUCAAAACAUAUUUAGGUCUUGCCGUCUGGCCAUUAAACCGGUAAUAAAGAGGGAAGCAUUUGACUUUGUAGAAUUGUCCCAGAAGAAACAGUAAGCAUUAAGCAAGGCAAGGCUUAUAGGAAGACUCGGCUACCUAUCCGAGAAAUGGAACAAGUUAACUAUGUUUGGGCAACCUGGCAAGUAGCUUGAGUUUGUACACUAAUCGUACAAGGAUUCCAUAUAGUUUUGCUUGCUUUUGGACCCCUCUCAGGUAUCUCUCCCCUUACUAACCAGCUGUUUUAGCGUUAUAGCCUAACAAAACUCCAAACGAUUACUGAUAUAGUAAGCAUGAAAAAUAUUUGAACCCCCAAAUAGAUAAAUAAAUAAUCUUUAGAAAUAAUAGACUUGCUGAGCGACAACUUAUUUAUUUUGUUUAAUAUCCUUCCUUUUAAGCUGCAAAAGAGAAAAAAAAAAAUCUAGUGGCAUCUGGCCGAUGAGAAGUAUCUGACAAAACGAGUCAUCGAAACCGAGGGCAGUAAUGCAAUUAAUCAAGCAUAAUUUUGGUAACCACUAAGCAAUAUGAACACUGAAUUUUUUUCUUUCUCUUUUUUGGUAAUAUUGAACACUGAAAUGUUGUUAUUCCUUAUUUUACUUUACCAUGUUAUUUUCUACAAUUAGCGGCUUCUCUUAUCAACUCCUUCUCUAUUUGGUAUCUUUCUCUCUCUGAAGAUGUCAUCAUGAGCUUUAUAAAGAAAGACCACUUUGGAAGAUAUAGACCAUUUGCUGUUAUACAUCCCUUCUAUAUUUUCUUUAUUUGGUAUAUUUAUUUCUUAUUCAACAAGAUAUAGAUAUCCAAACACAUAAAAUAACUACGAAGUGAGUCAGUGUUAUUAGCUAUCCAAAGAAGAAAUCUUUCAGUUUUACUUCCAGUUUUAAGGUGUUACACUUAAGGUGCGAAAAAUGGUUCAAGAAUCGGGCUCUGCAACUCGGGAGUCUCGACUGAAGCUCUACAAAACCACUCUGCUACUUGCCUACCAGAGUUUUGGUGUUGUCUACGGGGAUUUAUGUACAUCCCCUAUCUAUGUCUACAAAAGCACAUUUUCUGGGAGUUUACAGCUCUACGAGGAGGACAAUGAGAUCUUUGGUGUACUUUCUCUAGUUUUCUGGACUUUGACUAUCAUCCCUCUUUGCAAGUACAUUAUAUUUGUGUUAGGGGCAGAUGACAACGGCGAAGGUGGAACAUUUGCAUUGUAUUCAUUACUCUGCCGACGCUCCAAAAUGGGAUUUUUACAGAGCUCUCAUAUUGAGAAUGGAUUUUUGUCUGCUCAAGACUCUUCUGUGCCUACCAAGGAGACAACGACUAACUUGCUUAUAAAGGAAUAUUUCAAGAAGCGCCAUUCUUCUCGAGUUGUGCUGCUGCUAGUUGUUUUGCUGGGGACUAGCAUGGUUAUCGGUGACGGAAUACUGACCCCAACAAUGUCCGGUAUGAGUUCCUAUCAGAUCACCAUGAUAUAUUCAGUAGAUAUGUUUUCUUUUUUUGGGUGCUGUUUAUGCCGAUUUUUUAUUCUCAGGCUUUCCCAUUUCCUUCUGACAGUUCUAUCUGCAGUAUAUGGAAUCCAAAUUAAGGUGCCAAAUUUACAUGAGAAUUAUACUGUGGCAAUCGCCUGUGUGGUCUUGGUGGGGCUUUUUGCACUCCAGCACUUCGGAACACAUAGAGUUGGAUUUCUGUUUGCUCCAAUCUUAUUAGCUUGGCUGCUAUGCCUUGGUGGAGUUGGCAUUUAUAACAUAUUCCAUUGGAACCCUGGUGUAAUAAAUUCUCUAUCUCCAUAUUAUAUCUAUAAAUUUUUUCAGAAAGCUGGAAAAAAUGGAUGGAGGUCACUAGGAGGAAUUUUUCUCUGUGUUACAGGUGCGGAAGCUAUGUUUGCUGACCUUGGCCAUUUCUCAAAACUUUCUCUCAGGAUUGCAUUUACAGUAAUUGUGUAUCCUUGCUUGGUUCUGGCUUAUAUGGGUGAAGCUGCCUACCUAUCCAAGCACAAGGAUGAUCUUCAGAGCAGUUUUUACAAGGCUGUACCAGAGGAGAUAUUUUGGCCAGUGUUUCUCAUUGCAACUUUGGCAACUGUGGUGGGUAGCCAAGCAAUAAUUUCAGCAACUUUCUCCCUCAUUAGUCAGUCUAGGGCACUGGGUUGCUUCCCAAGAGUGAAGAUAGUACACACAUCUAAUAAUAUACAUGGGCAGAUAUACAUACCAGAGGUGAACUGGCUACUAAUGUUAUUGUGUCUCGCUGUUGUUAGUGGAUUCAGAGACACUGCUAUGAUUGCCAAUGCAUACGGUCUUGCUGUGGUUAUAGUUAUGUUCGUCACGACAUUGUUGAUGUUUUUGGUCAUCAGUACUGUGUGGAAUCGAAAUGUUUUAUGGGCUUUCCUGUUUGUAUUAGUAUUUGGAUUUGUGGAAUUGUGUUAUUUCUCUGCAUGCAUUGCCAACGUAGACGAAGGAGGCUGGCUUUCCCUGGUGGUCUCUCUUCUAAUCUUGACACUAAUGUCAACAUGGCAUUACGGUACUUCAAAAAAACUGGCGUUUGAGUUGGAAAAUAAGGUUAGCUUGGACAGCCUGCUAACUCUAGGAUCAAACAUGGGAAUAGCAAGAGUUCCAGGAAUUUGCCUGGUUUACUCCGAUGUUACCAGUGGUGCCCCUCCAAUGUUUGCUCAUUUUGUCACAAACUUUCCCGCAUUCCAUCAGAUUCUCAUAUUCGUUACCCUUCAGUCUUUGAUGGUCCCAAAAGUUCCAGAAUGUGAGCGUUUCCAAAUUGCAAGGAUAGGACCUGCAGAGUUCUCUCUGUUCCAGUGCAUUGUUAGAUACGGGUACAGGGAUGUGAGGGACAGCCAUGACUUGGAAACACAUCUGAUUGAAAACAUAUUAAGGUUCCUGAAAUGCCAAGGCCACAGCAUUGAAAUGGCAAUAAGAGAGCCAACUGAGAAUGGUGAGAGUGGGACAAGAAAAGUGAGGUUUCGAAUAAAUUUGGAAGCAAACAAUGAAGUGGGGGAAGUGAUGGAGGCGAAAGAAGCAGGUGUGGCUUACAUGAUUAGCAAAACCAGUGUGAGAGCAAGUGGGGCAUCAAGCUUCGUGAAGAAGUUUGCCAUUAACAUUGUUUAUGGGUUUCUCAGACGCAAUAGCAGGAGCCCAGCAACAGCACUUGGGAUUCCACCGACCUCGCUUAUUGAAGUGGGAAUGGUUUAUCGAGUAUAGUGUACAGAUUAUCAGGAUAAUAUCACUGUACAUAAUAGAAAAGGGGAACAAGAAAAUAAAGAGAAGAACAGAGGAAGUAUAAACAGCUUAAUAUGUUUGCUUCUCAUCAUAUUCAUGUAAAAAAAAGCUUUACCCCAAAUAUAUCGACUUUCUUUUUUUU